AUGAUAAGAUUGACGUUUUCACCAUACCGAGGUUACAUCGAACUAAAAAAUGGUACUAUUUGGAGGAGAGUUAAAGAAGAAAAUUGGGAUAAAUAUCGACAGAAAAUGUUGUGUCAGCAUUUAGGAUUUGAUGAAACGGACGCAAAUAAAGUUGUAUCUGGGCAGGUCCCGAGUGGAUCUAAGAUUGCAACUGGGGAUUUGAUAUGUUAUAACACACAGCCAAAUGGAACAUCUUGUUGUGUCCAUCUUCAACCUUCUACAACCAUUUCAAAUGUUAAGAUCCCAUAUGCAACAUGUGAGUAUAUUCUCUUUACAAAUAAUGCGAUACCUCGGAUUUGGUGUGUGAGUCUGGAUAAUGAAUAAUUUGGAUGGGAAUUGCAUGGAUUGCAUGCUAAAAAAUUUACAAAAGUUUGUCAUCACUUUUUCGGACUUAAAAAAGUGAAUGCAUAAUUAAUUCAUGUAUAAUUUAUACGACUUAAUUUGCUCCUUACAGUAGUAGGCUACCACUAAUCGUUCUCUAUUACUUUGCCAUAGGCAAGAUAUGUGAUAAUCCGAUACUCCAAUACUCGAACCCUAUAUUUUCUGGCAAUGGUUCUCGAGAAUACCUGAAAGCGUGGUUUUCUUUUGUUGGUUGGUGUGCUUCGGGUUCCGCGCCUUAUCUUUCGAUCGAUCUUCGAAAAGAAUAUCGCAUAACACGGGUUGUAACUAUGGGUGAUGAGGAUCAGACAAAAUGGAGUGGGUCAUAUUCAAUGAAAUACAGCCAUAAUAAAAGUUUGGUGGACGGUAGCAGUGCAAUGCCGGUAUUUGUAAUGAUAGAUCCUCAUCUGAGAAUAACUUAAUUUCGAUUACAAUUAAAGUAUUUGAAAGCGAUUCGGAUCGACAGUACACUAUAAGUCUUGUAACGUGGCAAUUAACACAAACCAAAUGAAAUUUUUCUGUUUGAAACAAAUUGUACCUGUUUCAAUGCCAAAGGAGAUGCUUUCAUUAAACUGUGAUUGAGAUUAGGUUUAUUUGUAAACUACAAAAUUUGGCUUACGUCUUUUGGGAAUUACUUUUUUUAGAUUACAGGAAAUAAGAACGGCUACCAAGCAUCGAAGACGAACAUUGAUAUUUAUAAUGCAAGACAUAUAAAGAUACAAUCAACUGUGAACAAAGAAUUUUGUCUUAGAAUAGAACUUUGUGGAGUGGGUAAGGAACUAUUAAUUUAUAGUUUUGUUUUCAAACUCUGUCUAAAGCAGGUUUUCCGGCUAAGCGGUAUUUUGCGCGCGGAGCGGAAUUUUUCUUUGUCUUGUGAUUUCUCGGGUGGAAUAAUUAGAAAAGACAAAGGAAAAUUCCGCUCUGCGCGCAAAAUUCCGCCUAGUGGAAAACAGCCUUAAUUAGAAAAGACAAAGAGAAAUUCCGCUCCGCGCGGAAAAUUCCGCCUAGUGGAAAACGGAUCGACUUAAUGCAAAACCGGCUUAAAUGGACAACGUCUUUUGAAUGUGUGACAACAAAAUGACAAUUGAUCCAGUUGACAAUGGUAGCAGUGUCUAUAAUUUGAAAUUUCUAUCGCAGUUUCAAAGCUGGAAAGAACGUGCUGGAAAUAGUACAUAAAAAGUGUCAAACUUCCAAAGAUGUAUAAUCAGGUUGUUUUUGAAAUACUGUAUGCAUGGAAUGCGUAUGUAGUAUUUCAACUUUAAUGAAUAUGUCUGGAUUUGAAUCUUCCUUGGUCGUCUCUUUAUAUAAAGGGGCAGAUUAUUGUAUAGCUUUGAAUCUCUCUGCAAGCGAAAUACAAUCUGAAUACGAACAAUCGUGUGGCGAAUGAGAGGAAUCGCAGGCGAUGAACGUAUAGGCGGCUGAUAAGGAAAACAACGCGAUCGGGAAAGGAAGGAAAGGGGAAAGAAGAGAAGCAACCGGUAGAUCCUGUGUCAAAACGUUAGCAUCGACAGCGAUUUUCGUCAAAGUCUGCCAUUGUUUUAUCGGGCGCCAUCUUGAAUACAGAGUCUGUCAGUCAUCUCUCUCCAUUCUCCUUUGCAACCAACCCUGCGCAGCCCUCUUGCCCGCGCGAGGUUUUUCAUUCCAUUUUUUAUAGUAUAUGUUUCAAGUGCUGUAAGGUUUUCACCCUUUAGACCAAAAUAAGACUGCGCAUAGUUGGUUGAAGACGAAAAUUGGAACAAAUUGUGAGGACAUCUUAUAGUUCUAGAAAGAUGAAAAUGUUAAGACGAAAAUGUUCUAGAGCAUGUAUUAUAUAAUUUCCAUACCCAGCGCAAGCAGAAAGAUAUUGUCUGCCGCGACUGGGUCUUGAACCCGCGACUUUCGAAUUACUAGAUCGACGCUCUACCAACUGAGCUACACGGUCAGACGGAUUUAAAACUGGAAAUUAUGAAAUAUAUACUGAAUGUCAUAAACAUACUCGUUUAUAUUAAUUCAGCAUCGAACAAUACUAGUUCUGCAAGUGUUAUGUUAGUUGUGUUAUUGUAUACUCCGUAAUAUGUUAUAGUCCACUACAUGAAAGAGCAACCAAUUUUAAAAGAGUCACACUCUGCUAAAUGGCAUGGGUUUUGCCAUGGCCUAAGAACAUCGUCAAAGCUCUGGUUUUAUGGAGAGGGAUAAAUAAAUCUUUCCAUAUACGAGUUAUUAAUGAGUAUGGGAUUCAUAUUUAUAAGCAUUAAGCCAUUGAAUCAGUAUCUAUAUCAGUAGCAUGUUUAACUCCCUUGCUCAGUAUAAACGUUGAUCUGUUUUAUCCUUAGCCCAAACGCCAGCUCCAGUAUACGAUAUUAAAAUUACACCAUCGCAUUACUUUGCUCGCGUGAUGUGGAAACUACAAACCUCAGCCUCCAGCUAUAUAACACAGAUCAUAAUAUAUCUCGACGGCAACCAACACUGGACUAUAUCCCGAGGAACUCAGUUCGAUAUUACUGGUCUUAAACCGGGCACUAUGUAUACUGUUCGAAUUCAGACUCAGGAUGGUUCUUCACAGACUAGCAGCGCAGAAGAUAGAAACUUCACGACCAUUAAAGCAGGUGAAUAUUGAAGAUGGGUUAAAAACAUUAUUUUUUUGUUUGUUUCGUUGUCACUCUUGUAUUUGGGGGCAAAUAAAUGGAAUUGAAAGAUGUAGUUAUCGCUUAUUUACUGAGACCGAGGGAAACAGUGUGCUUUGUUGACCCGAGACCGCCGUUGUUGCCUCGGUCGAGGGCCUUGCACACUGCUUUCCCCGGGUCUCAGUAAAUAAGUGUUUUGUUAUAUAGUAUAUAGGUGUGAAAGUAUGAAUAAUUCUUCAGUUAUUGGAGUGAACUUUGAAACCAAAACUAGAUAAAUGGAACGCCGUAAAUGUUUCAUAAAAAAAGUUUAAUAAAAUUAACUUUGGAACUUCACGCAUUCUCUUGUUGACCGGUCAAUACAUGUUCUAUUAUGGACUGGUUGCCUCGUCGCCAGGGCAAUGCAGUAAACACGACGUUUUGCGGACCGACACGUGAUACGCUUUUGUCCAAUCAGAAAACAGAAAAAUUGAACUUUGACACUAACUAUAUAUAACAAUUUAAUUUGCUGGUUCCUAUAAGUGCCGAGUUAACAGCUCUCAAGUUGACCACUAUCUGCUGCACUGCAAUGCUAUACAAUGGACCAUUCCCCAAUUAACCAAAAUUUUGAUCUCAACAAGUCUAGACAGAAUUCCAUUAUAGCAUGAAAGAGCAUCACAAAAUUAGUAAUAUUCCAAAGUUUCGUUGCGAAAUGUUGUAAAAUGCGGAUAAUAUAGCCCUUAGAAAUUUGCAAUUUUUCAGUCAUUUUAGAUUACAAACGAGAAAUGGUUACCACUUUUCCAAAAUUUUGAUCUUAACUAUAGCCUAAACAAAAAUUUCAUCACAGCUUGAAAGAGCAUCACAAAAUUAGCAAUAUUCCAAUUUCCAAAGUUUCGUGGCAAAAUGUUGUAAAAUGCGGAUAAUAUAGCCUUGCGAAGUUUGUGAUUUUCAGUCAUUAAUUUAGAUUACGCACAGAAGUGGUAACCGUUUCCCAUUUGUAAUCUAAAAUGACUGAAAAUUGCAAACUUCGCAACAUUUUAAAACGAAACUUUGGAAUAUUACUAAUUUUGUAAUGCUCUUUCAAGCUGUGAUGAAAUUUUUGUCUAGACUUGUUGAGUUCAAAAUUUUGGUUAAUUGGGGGAAUGGUCCAUUAUACUUUAUGGUUUCCGUGUUUGGAUGGCCUGAUCCAAACACGCGGGAAUGUUGCGAAAGUUAAGGCGAGUGAUUUUGCGCGCUUUUCUUAACUCGAGCAACAUUCCCACGUGUUUGGAUCAGGCCAUCUAAACACGGAAACCAUAAAGUAAUUGUUUUAUAAAAUAACAACUUUCCGUGUUAAAAUUUCACUUUAAUUAAAAUCUUUCACUUUAAAAAACUUUCACUUUAAAUUUCCGUGUUUGGAUGGUCUGAUCCAAAUACGGGUUUCGACCAAUCAGAGCACGCGUUAUAUACACGUUAUUUUAUAAUUAUUAUUGAAACUCACAAAACCGGGGUGAAACCCAGCCAGACGUAUCGUGGAACGCUUCUGAGAAAACGUUUUGGAAUGGUAAACUGUAGGAUAUCAAGUUUGCCAUUCUGACGAAACAACAUGUAAUAGCCUACUUUUAAUGCCUUCAAUAUAUUUAAAUACUGAGAUUAUUUUCAUUUUCCCGUUAGAACCUGUAAAUCCUGUCGCGAUAUCUUAUUCAAGUCUAAACGUAACCAUAGCCAAACCACCGACGUAUUUCAAGUAAGUACCUGAUAAUAUAUUAGAAUAGCAAGGUGUGGUUACUCAAUUCAUAACUAUACAGUCAGAGUUCGUGAUAUACUUGUCCGACAACUAUAUGUCCAAAUUUCUGUACAUUUUUAGCUGCCCCGGAAUCACAGGUUCGAUUCUUGCCUAUGGUAAGUUGGGGCCUAUAGUAGCAUUUUACCCAGCUGCUCCUGGUUGGAGUAAAUCAAUUUACCAAGUCAAGUCCGAGUCAAUUCCGAGCCGAGCCAAGCGUCCGAGUCACGUUAAUAAAGACGAAAUUGAAUAAAAUGUUUAAUGGUUAGGGUUAGGAUACUAUAAAGUAAAAUAAAAUGGUUAGGGUUAGAGUACUAUAAAGUCAUUGAACUACAAAGACCGCUAAAUAGUGACUCGGACAUUUGACUCGGGCUCGGAUUUGACUCGGACUUGGAUUUGACACUGUUAACCGACAAACUCCUUCUGGUUGGGUUUUCAUUUACAGAAACCCUUCAACAUCUAGUUCUAUCGAGUGAGAUGGCCAAUGAUUACUCUAUUUCUGACAUUCUGUUCCUAAUUAUUUAGAGACGUGAUGGUGGUUGUACAAAUUGCUACGAAAAAUCCAACCCCUGUCGAAGAUAUUAAAACAAGCGAUCUGAACCCUUACCAGACGGACACACAGGCCCCCUAUAUCACUGCUUAUUUGAAAGCUGAUAUUCUUCCGCUGUCGUUCGUGAUUGGUGAUGGGAAGCAAUAUAAUUUUGAAAACAAAAACUACCUCAACCAACCACUCAAACAGAAUUCAACUUACAUCGUGUUCCUGAGAUUUUUCGAAAGCCAGGUAAAUUUUAUAGAAUAUAGAACGUGUGUGUUUAGAUUAUUAACAUGGGAAUUUUGAAGGAUACUAAUAUGUUGCUUGGCUGAAAAUGAAAUUGUUCUGCAGAUUUAUUCAUGUUUCCUUUUAGGACUCAUAUUACUCUACAGAAUGGAGUAGCAGUGUCAAAACAUUGCUAAAACCUCCAGGUAAACCGCAUUUAAGAUAAAUUUAACAUCGGAACUUCUUAUUUUCCGAUUCAAGAGGCCCGUAAAUGAAAUAAUAAGUAAAUACAAUGCAUAUGAACCGCGCUUCACUUACUGAAAAGUAAACCAGACCUAUAUAAGAAUUGUAGAAAUUCAAGUAAUAUAAACUAGUAAUUUGUAAAACUAUAGUAAUAGUUUGAUUUCAAAAACACUGUAUCUAUUAAUAGGUUUGGAAAUUUGUUAUUAUUGUAAUUUGACAGCACGUGGAAUGCGAUUGGUUUUCUAAAUAACACGCAUUCUAAAAAUAUAAGUGAUUCUGCAGAGCCGGAUAUUUUCUUAUCUGGGGGAAAUCAGGCUCUGAUCACAGGGAAGUCCAUAUUAGUUUCAAUAAUUUCACAGUUCAUUAUUAAUUACAGUACAAUUACAACACAAUACAAUACAAUACAAUACAAUACAAUACAAUACAAUACAAUACAAUACAAUACCAUAUACCAUAACGUACAAAAACAAUUCGAUAUAGUAUGUUGUACGACACUCUACAGUAUAAUUAUAAUGCAUAGAACAGUAUAAUGUAAUGUACAAUACAGUAGAAAACAGUACAAUGCAUAGUACAGAAAAAUGUAGUGCAGUGCAUAUAGGGUACAAUUCAGUGCUGCAUGUACAGUAUAGUUGACCUGUAAGAACAUGCAGGUAGGCGUCUGGGGAAAUAAUACUCAUAUACUCGGCAAUACUCAUUUUAUACUGGUAGAGGUUUGAAACAUUGACUCUGUUGGAAAAAACUACCCAAUAGAACGUUAUAUCCUAUAGGACUCAGUGGACCUCCAUUGGAUGUGACUAUAGAUUCGCGCGGCAAAAACUCACUGGAAGUUUCUUGGAAAGCUCCUGAUGAAAGUUUACAAGAUGGCGAACUGACUGGAUAUCAAGUUUGUUUUUAUAGCAAAGACACUGCUUCUGAAUGCUUAAUGUUCAAAAGCGCUAAAGUACUUUCGCUUACCCUUAAUAAUCUCCUACCCUCAACGAAGUACUUUGUGACGGUCUCAGCCAGCACAAAAGCUGGUUAUGGGGAGAAAAGUUCGGAAGUCAGUAAAAUAACAAGUGGAGGUAAUUCGGUCAAUAUGAAUAGUUGUCAAACCACCAUACAGGGUGUCCCCAAAAAAAUGCCCCCCCCCCCAACAAUAUUUGAUAACAUUACAACGUUAACUUUAGUGGAAGUUUCAGAUUUUUGUACUGGAUGAAAUAAGUAUCAUAUCAUAUCGUUUUAAUCCAUUGCAUUCAAACUUGUCCAAAUAUGCAAAUUAGACUAAAAUAAUAGGAAUUUUUAUCAAGUUAAAGAAUUCAAAUUAACUACUUUUGAUCAAGUUCAUAAUUUGAAAGUUGUAUCAUAUAAAUUCAAUACUGUUCAUGUGUCUUACACCAUCAUACGACUCUUUAUCCAGGUAUUCGUCCACAAACGAGAACUUUGAGGGCAUUUUCAUUUUCCUGCCUAAGCUUAUGGCUCAUUUUAAAUCAUUUUUAUAUCAAACGAAAUCUUUAAUGUUAGAGAGCACAAACCUUGUCUUGACUAGUAAACAGGUAGGAUUUCUCUUUAAACAUCCCCUUUUAAAAGCCUGAAAUACUUUUGUCGUUUUGACUUAAUUUCUAUAUUUCGGACAAGUUGAAAUAUUGGUGUCGCCACUUUAAGUAAAUCUAGAAGGAAAAUAGUUGGUUAUUUUGAUAAGUUAAAUAUCAAUGGAUUAAUUAAAACGAUAACAUAAUUAUUUUGUCAAGUAUAAAAAUAUAGAACUUCCAUCAAAGCUGAUGUUAAAAUACCACAAAACAUAGUGGAGGCAUUUUUUAGCCACCCUCAUUGUAUUGGAUUGCUAAGUAUAUUAGUGUAACUGUAAAAUAAUAUUGUGUCACAAAAAUAGUUCUACCGUUAGGAAAUAUUUUGCAGCACAGUCGUCUGCGGGAUGCUUUAGCGACAUUGUCGUAUUCCUUUCGGCCUUUGGUAGAACAAUUGACUGGCAAUCAUAAUGCAUUCAUGAUAGAUUUAGUAUUCUUCUAUCUUUAGAUCCAGUGAAUCCACUCACUGUGUCCUAUUACACUCUGAUCUUAAACAUACCCAAAGCAGAAGAUUAUAUCAGGUAGGUUUUUAACAUUAUUAACAGGAAACAAUAGGAACUUUUGUGCUCGAAGUCUAUGAAUGCUAUAAUAUAUAGACGUUGCUAAGCACGAAUUGUAAAACAGUAACCUGAGCAAUUCUUGUAUAGAAAUCGUUCAGGCGUUCUGUUCUGUUCUGUUCUGUUCUGUUCUGUUCUGUUUAUUGAGUACUCGUGAAAACCAAUCAUGAAAUUACAGCACGUUAAUGAUUUACAACACAUAUGACAUACUACUAUAAUAAUAUUACAUAAAUACGUUUAAUUUAUUGUGAAGUAACUAAAAAGGACAAGCUACGAACAGGACAUUUGGACCCUUGCAAGGUGUCCCUCCUCAGUUAUAAUUACAUUAAAAUGAUAUUUUAUACAUUUUUUUAAUUAAUGAACUAAAUAACUAUGAUGCAAUGAAAUAGUAUCAUCGUCAUCAUCAUACAAAUCAUCAUCAUCAUCAUUGUGAUCAUCAUCAUCGUUUAACGUUACCUAAACCUUUCUCGUUUUUAAAUUAUCUCGCACUCUUAAACCCUUAUUUUGUACUACUAUUGUAUUAAUAAUAUUUUCUUUCUAUGACAUGAUAUUUAAUGAUUUAUAUAGAGAAGUGAUGGUCAUCGUUCAAAAUGCCAAAAGCAGUUCGACACCAAGCGAAAACCUCAAAACAAGCGAUCUCAAACCUUACCGGGAAAACAUGAAUGAUCCCUAUAUCACUGCUUAUUUGAAAGCUGAUGUUCUACCUUUGACGUUUGUGGUCGGUGAUGGCAAAGAGUAUAAUUCUGGAAAAGAAAAUUACUUUAACCAACCUUUAAAACUGAGCUCAAGUUAUAUCGUGUUUCUGAGAUUUUUUGAAAGUCAGGUAAAUAUUAGUAAGAGAAGUGAAGGUGGAGUUAUUCUGAGAAAAUAAAACACCAUGACAAUUAUCAUUUUUGUCUAGGGCUCGUAUUACUCGACAGCAUGGAGUAACAAUGUUAGAACAUUGAUAAAAGCUCCAGGUAAAUCAUCUCUAAUUACACUUAAUUGAAUAUUUUUUCAUUAUAUAUAUACAUGGUUAAUUAUUGGUCACAAUAUAUAAAACAUUUAAGGAUAUACAUGCAUUGCCAACUGGUUAAUAUCCAGUCAGAAAAAUUCCAAAAUUUGUAUUUUUAGUGGAUAAUAGUAAAAAUUCAGGACAACCCAAUGAGGAGAAAACCCGUAUGGAUCUCAUAAUUCCACUGGCUAUUUUGGCUCUGUGUUUUCUGCUCUCACUCGGUGUCAUCAUAUACCAACGUCGUCUUGUUCAAAAUAAAAAUAGACAAGAUCAAGAAAACCGAAAAGGUAAAGUAGGCCUAUGUUUGUUAAUCUUUCAUGACUUAAACUAAAGUUUAUUUCUAAUUCUAAUUCUAAUAGUCUAAUUAAUAAUCUGGCCGUGACGGAAUUCUCGCCAAAUCAAUCGUUCAUGUCUUUAAGAUUAUCGAAGAAUACAUACGUUAUCGUGAAGAGCAACCUUAAACUAGUAUUGCUCGUUUGCAAUCGACGCCAUCUUGGUUGAUUUUCGUGGCAACUAAAAAUCUAUAUUCUUCAUUCUUUGUCGUAUUGUGCCAGAAAUCGUAAACUAUCCCUAAUACAGUAAGAUGUUUUCAAAACGAAACAAAAAUAUUAAAGUAACUCAACUAUUUCGAUGUAAACGGCUGGACAAAACUUUAAAAUCAACCAAGAUGGCGCCUAAUGACACGUAGUGACGUCAUGUGGAAGCAAAGAAUAUAGUUGAGUUAUAUGUACUAUUUAAAGCACGCGUAGGAGUGUUUUAUCACAUAUAAAACACGACUCGACUCAGCUUAUACGAGUUCAUUGGUGAAGUAAUUUUUAAAAUAAACUUUGUCUAAACCGAGAAAAUCAAAGCUCAAGUUUAUGUAAAUUAACAUGAUUUUAUAUCACAUAUAUAACCACGACACGCUUAUGAUUUUUCUUUGUGUUUUGCUCCUGAAUUACUAAUGAGUUUUUUAAAUAUAUAUAUAUAUAUAUAUAUAUAUAUAUAUAUAUAUAUAUAUAUAUAUAUAUAUAUAUAUAUAUAUAUAUAUAUAUAUAUAUAUACAUAUAUUUCCCAUGCAGAAAACUCUGCUGUUUUUAGUCAUCGCCACCUGCAGGGCCGUAGCUACAGAAGGAGGGGGGCACCCCCUGAAAACGUCUUGUUGGAAAAAUAACGGCAAAUCGUUUUCGUAGUCAGCGAACUGAAUAUUUGACUGGCUUGGAUUAAAAGAUAAUAGUUAUAGCCAAAAUUUUGAUAAAUUUAUGAAAAUAUUUUCGAAAACUGAUUUAAGAAAUUACGGUACAUUUGGAAAAGUUUGUGAAAAAUGGUAUGUCCGGAAAAUUUUUUCCAACUUCCCCCCUUCCCCCCUCCCCCCCCGCUCGCCAACAAUUUCGGGAAAGAAAGAUUAAUUAGCUGAAAUGUUGUCUUCAAAUGCGAUACUACACCCCCCCCCCCUGAUUUAGCCUCUUCGCUACGGCCACCUAUAGGCUAUCCAUUUAAAUGUUUAAAUGUACGGGAGUGGGGGAUGUAAUUAAUAUGAAUCGUUUUACAUCUUUGUAAAAAUCGUACUUCACGUUAUUGUGGAUCCCUUCCAGACCUUCCAAGAAGCAACAAAGCAGCUCCGAGACUGAAUUCGUACAUGAAUGACGCCGCCGUAUAUGAAACUCCUGACGAUGUUAUACAAUGUAUUGAACGAAAUGAGGCUGAAUCUAAACCAGAAAUUUCUACAGGACAAGAAUCCUUAGCCUACAUGUCCUUGAAAGACAAUAGAGAACCUGCGAACUUUUAUCAAUCUCUACAACCCCCCGGCAGAAGUGUGCAUCCACAUCAUACGAAGCGGAGUAAUGUUCAGGCAGUGGAAUAUGAAAAUCCUGCAUUUAGUGCAAAUUUCAGUGGUGAUUAA